AUGGCGAGUCCUCGAAAGGCCGUGGUCGUUGCAGUCAGCGGCUGCUCGUCGAGUGGGAAGUCAACGCUCAGCCGGCUCCUUUGCGAUGUCUUCCCCAAUUGCUUCGUCCUGCACGCCGACGAUUUCUAUAAGCCUGAGGCUGAAAUUCCCACCAAAGAUGGUGUUCUUGACUGGGACUGCGCCGACGCGCUCUCCAUCCCCGACAUGAUCCGCUCUCUCGAGUACAUCCACCGCAACGGCGCCUACCCCCCCGACCUCCACUCCAAAGAAGCCCAGAACCCCAGCACCCCACCCCCCGCCAUCCCCUCGACGCUCCUCUCCAGCCUCCGUUCGCAGGUCCAAGCCUGGAGCUCUUCCGCAGGCCAUUCCCUGCUCUCGCCCUCACCACUACCGAUCUUCAUCCUUGACGGUUUCCUCCUGUACGCGCAGUCCAUGACCGCUUUGCAGCCACAGCUCGAUAUCCGCUUAUUCCUGCGCACGAGCGAGGAGCAGGCUAAGAAGAGGAGGGCCAAGAGAGCGGGAUAUGCGACGCUUGAGGGCUUCUGGGAGGAUCCGCCGGGGUAUGUGGAGAAUAUCGUGUGGCCGAACUACGUGAGGGAUCAUGCGUUUUUGUUCAAGGAUGGGGAUGUUGAGGGGGAGGUCGAUGAGGCGGUUAUGAGGGAGCAUGGGAUUGAGUGUUUAGGGAAAGGGGAUGUAGAUAUGGCAACGACGGUGGAGUGGGCGGUGAAUGUGUUAAUGAGGAGGUUGCCGGAGGUGAUCGGGGAGAGGGGGCAAGGGAAGUGA